AUGCCUGUACCGGUCAACACGGCCCACGCCGGCCCGUCCAACGUGGACAAGAUGAAGAUGGGUGCCAUGAUGGGCGGCACCGUCGGCGUCAUCAUCGGCUUCAUCUAUGGAACUGUUAGCAUCUUUCGAUAUGGUGCAGGACCCAAUGGCAUUAUGAGGACCUUGGGUCAGUACAUGGGAGCAUCAGGAGCUACCUUCGGCUUCUUCAUGUCCAUUGGCAGUGUCAUCCGCUCCGACGCCUCUCCUAUCGUCCAGCAAGCCUACUGGAACUCGCGACGGAGUCCCAUCAUCAUGGCCGCAGCCCACCGAGCCCCUUUCCCAGCGCGAAAACAAUAA